AUGUCUGCUUCUUAUAUUCGUCGUGAUACACUUGUUUCUAAUCCGUGUUCUUUAUCGAUACUUUCUGGACCAUCCAUAAGCGCCAAUGAGCAUAAGGAUGCUUCUUCUUCUCUUUCUACGAUUAGAGCCUAUUCUGAUCAAGCGAUGCCUUCAAAACAUAGUCCAGCAGCAGGUGGUCAUCUACAACAACCUAAUCAAGGAGGUAUGCAUUCACCUAAAAUGUCACCUGAUUCAACUCUUACCCAAUUAUCAACACCAUCAAGCUUUGUAUCCUAUUUAAAUUCUACAACAAAUCUUAGUGCUUCAAAUGGUAAUCCAAUCACAUGUGACAGUUUUCUUCGAUCAGCACUUUUAUCUGAUGGUCUAGACAAACAGUGUGUUGGCAGUUCAACAAACCUUGGUAUAUCAAAUUUUCAUGAUCCAUCAACACUAUCUAACAUUCAACAGUGUUCAUUGUUACGUCCACGUGCUAUGACAACGUCGAAUGCAUCUAGAUCAGGCACACCUGUUGGAAAUACACCUACAUCUGGUUCUUCUGCAUGUGCAUCUGCACCGACUAGUACAACACCAAUAAAAAAUCUUCAAGACGUAAUCCUUGGGGUUCAGAAACAUAAACAAGCAACUUUACAACAAAUUUAUGACUUCAUCAUUACUCAUUAUGAGUAUUUUCGGGAACGUAGUGAUCCAACUAGUUCUGCCGGAUGGAAGAACUCAAUACGUCAUAAUCUAUCACUGCACGAUAGGUUUACAAAAUGUCCUAAAUCAUCUGAUAAUACAAAAUCUUCCUAUUGGAGAAUUAAUCCAGAUGUAGCCGCUAAGCCGUAUGUACGCAGACGUGCUUGUUCAAUGGAUACAACUAAUCUAAAGAGACCAGGAUCAGGUCAUUAUGGCAAAGUAAGCAAUCGAUCAGGAGCAGGUGGUGUUUCGCAUCGUGCAACAUCUAACAAUAUGUCUGGUCAUCGUCUUCAAGUGCCUUCAGUCGAUAGUGAAUCAGCUAAACCGUCUUUAUCACCUGUCUGUGAAUUACAACAUCCACUUGAUUAUAACUAUCCAUCUUCAAAAAUGACGUGCAGUCGUUCAGAUGCAGAAUGUGGUAAAGAUUACAGUGGUACAAGCACAAUCAGUCGUUUAGCUUCAUCAACAUCACCGUCAACAGAUACAUGCAGUACUACUAAGUCUAUGAAUUUCUAUCACUGUCCACAACAGGCAAAUAGUAAUGAGACACUUUGUGGUGGUGUUGGUAGCUCAAUACCGACAUGUAUUAGUGCACACUGGCAAAAUGCGAAGGCUUUAACGCAUCAUUUGUCAAAUUCUCAGACAUACAAUUCAAAUACUUCUGGUAAUCUAUUCAAUUCAGGAUUUUCUGGUCUAUCGUGUUCAACUGAUCUGCCACCGAAUCGAUGCAGUCGUACUAGUGGAUUAAUUGAACAGCUACUGCGUAAUGAUCAUAAUGUUGGUAUGAAUAAUUCAUCGAUGCAUACAAUAGAUCGAUUAUCAUCAGAUCAUCAUUUUGCAAAUAAUUCAUUUCCUACUUGUCAUUCAGGUAAAUCAUCGCAUACAGGUAAUACAAGUAAUAAUUCAUCGAAUAUGUGCAAUUCAUUGCAACAAAUGGAAUCAGGCUGUUCAGAUUACCUCACUAAUACUGUUGAUACACCAUCCCAGUUGGAUAUUAUUAGACAGCAGUCAUUGCAUUCAAACGCUUUACUUAACCACCUUAGUCCAUCUCGUACAGUAUCAUCAUCUGCUGGUGCUCAUCAUUUAUUACCAGUACCUUUGUUGACCGGAGAUCAUCAUGGAUCAUCGGCAGCUGCAGCCGCAGCAGCAGCUGCUGCAGCAGCUCAAUCCCAUUGGCAAGCUUAUCGUUCUAAUUUGCAGUCAUCAGUUACAGCAUCAUUCUAUCCAGUCUCCCAUAAUACUUCAAAUUUCCUUUCACAAUCAUCUGCAUCAUUACAAUCUUCAACACCAGUAAACCAUUUCUCAUCGUCAUUCUAUGACAGUUCACAGUUAAUUCACUCGUCAAAUGAUGGGAAAUUGAUGCCUUUUCUAAAUAAUUCUAGUGGUACAGCUACAUCAUCACUAUCACCGUCCACAAAUAAUUCAUCGACCACCGGUUCAUGGCGUCAUUCUCUCGGGUUAGAUAUGCGUUUACUGAGUGAUUCACAUAGUUCUUCUGUACGACCAGAUCCGAUAACACCCUUAUCUACAUCAUCUUGUUCAGGACAAAGUGCUAUGGAGAAUACAAAUCGAUCUUUAGGACCGGUAACACCACCAGAUUUAAUGUAUUUUCCACAAACAUCACUUUUUGGCAUGUCUGAUCAUAACAUGGAGUCAUCUUAUCAGCAGCAACAACAACAGCAAUCUAAACAUGUUUGUCAAGAUGGUACAUCAAUGGCAGAGCAGUUGUGUAAUUUGGGGCGAACUAAUCGUUCAUCUACUGCAAACUAUGAUACACAACAGUCAUCAUCUUCAUCACCGUCUUCAGCGUUCUGUUCCAAUCCAAUACAAUCAUGUUCCACAGAUCGUGCAUAUAGAGAGUUGCGACAAUAUGUUGAACCCUAUUCAUCUUAUGAAGAUGAUUGUGAACCAUUGGAAUUAGAGUUGAGUUUAGAAUUGGCUGAUCGAAUUGUAGGGAGUACUACUGUAACAUCGACCAGUAAUCCAAUAAAGUCCAGUUUUGGUUGUCCUCCAAACUGA